AUACACUAGAGGUUGUGAAGACGCUGAUCUAAAGAGCAGGGAAGGAUGGGGACUAAUAUAGUUGAAAUGCAAUCUCUUCUUGCCAAGAAGGAUGCAAGGAUUAGGGAGCUGGAGGUUGAGAAUAUGUCUCUCAGAUCUCAGCUUGACAAAUACCAGUCAAUCUUCAGCAUACAGGACGCUACUGCUCAGGCCUCUACCCCUGUAAAGAAGAACAGGAAGACUGCUCGAGGUUUAGGUAUCUCAGCUGAACCACAAUCCCUCAAAACUAUUCAGGACCUGACUAAUAAAACCUUCCCGGAGUAUAAAAAGUCCAAGGCCUCCCAGGAUCUUAUCCGAGGAGCAAUUAUGGACAAUGACUUCAUGAAGAACCUAGAGACCUCGCAAAUCAAGGAGAUUGUUGACGUGAUGUACCCGAUGGAGUACGCCAAGGGUUCCCUGAUCAUCAAGGAAGGAGAUAUCGGUAGUAUCGUCUACGUGAUGGAGGAGGGUAAGGUUGAGGUGUCGAGGGAGGAGAAGUUCCUGUCCGUAAUGUCGGCUGGGAAACUAUUUGGAGAACUUGCAAUCCUUUACAACUGCCAGAGGACUGCCACUAUUAAAGCUGCUACCGACUGUAAACUAUGGGCAAUAGAACGUCAAUGUUUCCAAACUAUCAUGAUGAGAACAGCUAUGGUCAAGCAGACGGAGUACACCGCCUUCCUCAAAUCCGUCCCAACCUUCGUCAACCUGCCGGAGGAGACCUUGAUCAAAAUCGCGGACGUGAUGGAGGAGACGACGUACAAGGAGGGGGAGUACAUCAUCAGGCAGGGAGCCAUGGGAGAUACAUUCUUCAUCAUCAGCAAGGGCAGGGUAAAAGUGACGAAGAAGGAGGGAGGAUCCGAGGAUGAGAAAUUUAUUAGAAAUCUUCAUAAAGGAGAUUUCUUCGGAGAAAAGGCGUUGAGCGGAGAGGAGGUUAGAACUGCGAAUAUUGUUGCAGAUGAUGCCGCAGGGGUAGAAUGCCUGGUUAUAGAUAGGGAGUCCUUUGCUCAUCUGAUCUCCAACCUGGAGGAGAUAAAGAAGAAGUAUGUCGACCUCUCCAUUAGGAAAAACAUAAUUCAAGAGGAAUUUAAGAAUUUGAAACUAUCAGAUCUCAGAAUAGUCGCUACUCUGGGGGUAGGGGGAUUUGGCAGGGUUGAGUUGGUGAUGGUUGCUGGAGAUGAGAAGAAGAGAAGCUUUGCUCUCAAACAGAUGAAGAAAAAUCAGAUUGUUGAAACCAGGCAGCAGCAGCAUAUCAUGAGUGAGAAGGAGAUCAUGGAGGAGUCUGACUCCCACUUCAUUGUCAAGCUGUUCAAGACCUUCAAGGAUAAGAAGUAUCUGUAUAUGCUCAUGGAGUCUUGUCUAGGAGGAGAACUAUGGACUAUUCUCAGGGAUCGAGGAAACUUUGACGAUCCUACAACAAGAUUCUACACUUCAUGUGUCGUAGAGGCAUUCGACUACCUUCAUAGUCGAGGCAUCAUCUACAGAGACUUGAAACCUGAGAACCUUCUCCUAGAUGCCGAAGGAUAUGUUAAACUUGUAGAUUUCGGGUUCGCUAAGAAACUCCAGGUUGGUCGUAAGACCUGGACGUUCUGUGGAACUCCUGAGUAUGUUGCUCCUGAGGUAAUCUUGAACAAGGGACACGAUAUCUCAGCAGAUUACUGGUCCCUGGGAGUUCUCAUGUUUGAACUCCUCACAGGAACACCUCCCUUCACUGGAACGGAUCCUAUGAAGACCUACAAUAUCAUCCUCAAGGGGAUUGACGCGAUAGAGUUCCCCAGGAACAUCAGCGCUAGGGCGAAGGAGCUUAUCAAGAAGCUGUGCAGGUAAGAUCUAUAUUAUGUCUAGU